AUGGUUCAGAAAGCCACAAUGCAAGACGUGCAGAAUUCCGGAGACAAUUCCGCAGCUGGUGGUGGCAGCAGCCAGACGGCUCGCCUCAUCCUGGACAUUAUUAGUGAAUAUGCACUCAACAAGUUUGAUAACGCAAAGGAGCAGCAGCAGGGAGGUGCAGCCCAUUUUCUGGCAAUCAUUGGCUGGUCUAUCGAGGCUGGCACCCCGGUUGAGACAUGUCUUCCGGCCUUUCCGUUCAAGUCGGCCAACAAGGUGUACAAGGUGUUGGGAAGUCUGCCGGACAAAGCCGAAGAGCUGGCCCUGGACCGGCUCAACACUAUGUGCAACCGCAUUCAGGAAAUUUACGCAGCCGGAGCCCGAGUGACGAUCAUCUCAGACGGCAUCACAUACAACGACCUGCUCUGCAUAUCCGACCAAGAGACAUGGGCGUAUGGCGAGGCGCAGCGCAAGAUGGCCGUGCAGAAGCAGUUUGACAACAUUGGCUUCUCGCGGAUGCGCGACCUGCUCGAGGUGCCACAGCUGAAGAAGAUGCGGGAGAUUACGUAUGUGGCCAACUGCACCAACUUCCGCCGGCUGUUGCUCAACAAGUACGGCCGGGACGACCUCGACAUCGACCAGGAGAUUGCCAGCAACUCGGACACGAAGCUGACGUAUCUCGGCUACAAGCGUUUCCUCGAGUCGGAUUUGAAGCACAUCUUUCCCCGAGGGGCUGACCGGACGGCCAAUGACUAUCGGUGUGAUUGCAAGUACCUUGCGAAGCAGAUGCUGAUCCGGGGAUAUGCGGCCUUCCCCCAUCACCUGCGGCUGUCGAUCCACGAGUCCAUCUGCGGCACCAAGGUGUCGAUCAGCCUGCUCAACACGCGGACCGGCUUCACGACGCCGUGGCACUGCAGCGUGGCCCAGCUGGCCGACGGAACCUGGAUCAGCGCACCGAUGGGCGAGUUUGCCAAGGACGACCGGCUCGAGCUCGUCUUCUCGGACGAUGAUGUCGGCCGGCCUAGCCACUUUCGCGAAAAGCAGCGCGCCGGCGACGCACCGGGCAUUGGUGAGCUGUCGGCCAGCUACCUCCAGCCAGCGCGGCCACUCAGUGCCAGCACGUAUCUCAGCGGAGCCCUGACACCCCAACAAGAAUCGCCCAGCAGCUCGACCGCAUCGCUGUCGUCGCCGUCGCAGUCAGACUGCCAGAGCAGCACAGGGUCUCCUCCCAGCUGCGCCUACUUGCUACUCGCGGACGCCGAUGCCGAGACGACUGCAUCGCCUCCAUAUGGAAGGAGGCUCAUCCCACAGAUCAUGGACAGCCUGGCAGCUGCUGAGCCCGACCGCGUCGUAUUCUCGCUGACGACAAUCGCUAGUGACACGCUGCAGUACCAGCCGGUGACAGCGCGGAAGUUUGCCCAGGCCGUCGACAAGACCGCUUGGUGGCUGCAGGGACAAGUCGGAAAGCCCGACUCGAUCCAAGCUUUGGGUUACAUUGGACCACACGACUUGCGACACAUUCUCCUGACGUAUGCCUGUGUCAAGGUUGGCUAUGCGCAUAGAAGGCGGGCUGGCCGUGCUGGAGGCAACCGGAUGCAACGUCUGGGCGAGUGCCGGCGACAUCACCCCGGUUUCUCUGGUCCAAGACCUGCUGGCAAGGCGGCCGAUGAAGGUUCUGCACAUGCCACCAUGGAUGCCGUGCGGCUGCUGCCACCAGUUGACGGCUGUGACGGGCUGCUGCCGUGGACGACGGACUGGAAAGUGGGCGAUCGGAUCUACUCGGCCUUUCCGAUGAGCCACGGGGCCGGGAUGAUCAUGAACGUCCUGAUGCCGGCUCUGUUCCGCCUGCACUGUAUCCUGGGCCCGAAGGGGGUGCUGCCGAACAUGGGUCUCGUCGAGAGGCUAGCCGAGACGACGACCAUCGACAUCUGGAGCUUGGUGCCGUCGCUGGUGGACGAGCUCGGCGAGACGGCCUCGGUGCUGACUAAGCUGCGGCCGUCCAAGUUCAUCUGCGCAUCGGGCGGUCCGGUCAGUCCGGUCAGCGCCGGCAAGGUCAACCAGGUGGUACGCGUGCUCAAUCUCACGGGCACGACGGAAGGUCUGUUCAUCGGCAACCUCGUGCCGCCGCGGGAAGACUGGUUCUGGUUCUGCUUCCACCCGCAUGCCGGCUUCGAGUUCCGCGAGCUCGAGCUCGAGCCCGACACGUUUGAACACUGGGUCCAUCGCAACGCGUACUGGCCACUCUUCCAGGGCAUCUUUCACACCUUUCCCGACCUGCAGUCCAUCAACCUCAAGGUCCUGUACGUGCGCCACCCAGGGAAGCCAAACUUGUGGGCAUUCAAGGGCCGCAGUGACGACCUCGUCGUGCUCUCCAGCGGCUACAAAAUCUCGCCUCUCGACACCGAGGCCCUCGUCACCACCCAUCCAGCUGUCCGGGGCUGUCUCGUCUUUGGCACCGGAAGGCCGCAGGCUGGCCUGCUGAUCGAGCUGCACGACGGUUCCGACCAGACAGACCACCGGCUUCUCGACAGCCUCUGGGAGACAGUCCGGCAGGCCAACAGCCAGUCGCGCCACCAGAACCAGCUGCUGCGCGACUUUGUUACCAUUGCUGAGCCCGACAAGCCCUUCUUUCGCACCGACAAGGGCACGGUCAAGCGGUCAGCCACCCUAGCCCUCUAUGCCGACUACAUCGAACGCUUCUACCACUCGCGCAGCGACGACCACAUUGUCGGCCCCGACGUUGCGGUCGAUGCGAACCUCUUCGACCUCGGACUGGACUCGCUGGGCGUCUUUUCUGCGGCCAAGACCCUCCGGACAGCCACCGGUCUCACCGACAAGAUCGCUCCCCGUCACUUGUACGCGAACCCGACGCUCGAAAGGCUGACGGCUGCCGUGCAGAUCUUGCUGGCUAGGACCGAAGAAGUAGCGACAUCACAGGCUGCUGCCCGGCCUUUUGCAAGCAUGGAGGCCCUGGUCCGGCAGCACAAGGCGCGCCAGUCGUUCCGGCUCAAUGCGCUCGACUAUGUCAAUCCGAAUCACGGCAUGGGUCUGGUGUUCUACCUGCCGCUGAAACCGGGCGUCGGCUUCCGGCAGGCCUUUGACCACCUGCAGGCCGGCCUGAAUCGCACUCUGGACAUGAUCCCGGCCCUUGGCGGCAAGGUCAUGCGCUGCUCCGAGCAGGAGAUCGGCUUCGUUCAAGACGACCUCUGCGUCACCAUUCCGCCUCUCGCCAUGGCUUCUUUGGUCCAUAACCGACUGGUCUGCCGGGACCUCUCGGACGUGCUGCCGUCGUUUGUCCACCUGCGCGACCACGGUUUCGCACCAUCGGCCUUCCACGAUAGCCUUGUUCUGCGCGAUGACCCCUUUCCCCAGCUGCCCGCCGACAUCUUUGUGGGCCAGGCCAACUUUGUUCAUGGUGGCUGCCUCCUCGCCGUCGACAUCAACCACUGCUGCCUCAAUGGCCUCGGCGUCAUGGUCGCCAUCAAGGCCUGGGCCGAGAACUGUCGCUUCCUGCAGGGUGACCAGGCCGCCAAUUGCAGCUGGUACGAUCCCGAGAGCUUCAACCACAGCCUGCCUGAGAUUAUCCACGAGCACGAGGGCUGGUCUCGGCCACUGUCCGAUAUCGAUCCCGAAACCUGGGCCUUUCUGCCGUUCUGCCCUCCAGACGACCGACUUCCUCGGUCAGCCUUCCAAUUGCACUCUGUCUGGCCGCCGCCACCGGCUGAUCGGCCUCUCCGGACGACCCUCUUCAUGAUCCGGCCCGAGAAGCUUGCCCAGAUGAAGCGCGACGUUCUUGCCGACCAGGCGGCCCAGGGCAUCGCUACACCCGCCAGCUCCAUCAGCGAUAUCGUCCAGGCCUUCUUCUGGCGGGCCGCCAUCCGGGUUCGAUACCGCAUCGCCACCGAGGCUCACGGCCGCUCUUUUGGGCCCGACGAUGUCUCCAUACUUGAGCUGCCCUCCGACGGCCGUCCCUACUUCUCUUCCUUGCUUCCAUCUACGUACAUGGGCAGCCUCCUCCUUCUCAACCACUCUAGCAUGCCCGUCGAGCAGCUCUGCGCACCCAACACAACCAUCGGUCGCGUCGCCUUGCUUCUACGCCAAGCAGCCACCCGAAUCACCCCCUCGCUCGUCCACGACGUCUUCUCCCUCCUGCAGUCGCUCCCCGAUCACCCCCGCUUCUCGACUGCCAACAUGGGCCUCGACCACAUGCACGCCAUGAUCUCUAACCUGAUGCUCUUCCCCAUGGACGACAUCUGCUUCGGCGACAGCCUCUUUGCCAACGCCGGCUCGCCUGAGUCCAUGCGUCCCCAGCUCGAACGCGGCCAUGGCCGCUUCCGCUUCCUCGUCGUCUUCCCCAUGAAGAAGGAUGGCGGCAUCGAGCUCGCGUUGGGAACCCACCCGGAAGAACUCGACAUGUUCCUGGCCGACGACGAGUUUACAAAUUACGCCGAUCUUGUUGACAGGGCAGAGUAG